CUGGUUUUUGCUUUAUGACAUUGGAGGUACUUGGAAUGACAUUUUUUUUAAAAGAUAGAGAGAGAGAUAGAAUGUCGACAAGCGUUAUCUGGAGGAAUAAUGUGUUCGUUAAUUCAGUGUUUUUCACAUCAUCUUGUAUAUCUCUGUGGCCUGCAGCGAGGAACCAGUAGGUGAAAUGUAGGAGAUGCAUUUUUGAGAUUCAAGCCUACUUUAACUGCUACUAAAUGUCAUGAACUUCUAGAUGAUUCCCCCGAUAUGACCUGUCCUGGGUGUUGAAACAAAGCAUCUCUCUGUUUGUGUGUCUGUGCGCGCGCGCGCUAUUUCGCUCUGUCAGUUUAUAUAACUCAUUAUUUCUCUCUCCUUCCUGCUGUGGAUGGGUGAGUGUGUGCGAGUGGUGGAGGGAGGGAAGCUUGUAUAUCUCUCACUGACAUAUUUUUCCUCUCCCUCCCUCAGUCCAAUGUCUGCUGGAUAUAUUGUUUUACUAAGUCGGCGAAAUGAACCCGGGGUGAGUGACAGAUUUUUCCCGAAGAUUGUCGAGAAUAUGAGGAAGGAAGGCCGUGCAUGUCCCUCGUCCCCUCGUUGCCCGAGCGCAGCGUUCCUCGCGAACGUUUGCUGAAAAUCAAUCAAUUGUGUACCUGUCACCGCGCAAGAUCCUUCUAGCCACGCCCUGCUGGGCGGGGCUUAGGCUUGAUUGCCGCUUCUUUAAACGCCGAUUGGACGCUCGCCAUUGGCACGGAGCUGUCGUGGGCGGGGCCUCGGGGUGUGAUGUUAAAGACCGAGAGGAGACAAGGGGAGGGCUCGUGUCCGGGAAACAGUAUCGCAUUUACUGCACCUCCAUCGUCUGCUGUCAACCACCUAGCAACACAAACUUGUAACGGUCACACUUUCAGCGUCACAUUUCUCUCCCGCUGACUUCAGGAGGACUGGAAAUUUUCGAGGCUGUCUCAAGGGCAGCUUGGUGUGAGAGGAAGACAGUUCGAGUCUUGUUAACAGGCUGACAGAAAAAUUGGGCUCUGACUGCUCCACCCUGAGAUUAGACAUCAAAGGCUCUCGUUUCUUGUUGGACAUUUCGUUGACAUAAUGGGGUAUGUCUUGAGAGACAGUUCUUGCCAAGAAAACUCACGCUGACAUUACUCAAACCGCGUUUUCUUCGCAGAAACAGACUACACCCAUCGUGAGGUCCUUCCUCCCGGAGGUCCUCAGUCUUUUUUAUUUAUUUUUUUUUAAAGCCGAGACUAUGAAUAUCCUGGCUACCGCCUACCCCAGUUCGUACCCCGGGUACGCAACAUUCGCCACCUUCACCCACUUCUCCAACACCCUCGCCGCUGGCUUUCCCACCUUCCACACACCUGUGGACGAGCAGGUGUCGGCCUUGGAUUGCUCUUUGCGCCCGUCGCGCUUCCAGGAUCACCAACAUCAGCAUCCGCAUCACCAUCACCACCAGAAUCACCGUCAUCAUCACUUCAGUGACGUCUCCUUUUCUGUCGACCGCAUCCUCGCAACAGGCGUCGACAACUCUUCCGCCGUCACCGCCUCCCCCUCUGAUGACGUCACUGACGACUCCUCCAUAGGGGUAGGCGUGGAGGGAGGCAGAAGUGGUAAAGCCGACAAAGGAGGGAAUGAUGGGAAAGAGGGAGGGUCCAAACGGCGACGGACUCGAACUAACUUCACGGGCUGGCAGCUGGAGCAGCUGGAGGCCGCCUUCCAGGACUCGCACUAUCCUGACGUCUUCAUGCGCGAGGCGCUCGCCCUCAAACUCGAUCUCGUGGAGUCCCGCGUGCAGGUUUGGUUCCAGAACAGAAGAGCGAAAUGGCGGAAGAAAGAGAAUACGAGAAAGGGGCCCGGCAGGCCGGCCCACAACGCCCACCCGCAAACGUGCAGCGGCGAGCCACUGGACCCCAGCGAGAUCGAGCGACGGGAGCAGCUGCGACAGGAGAAGAAGCGACGAAAGCACGAAGAGCGACUGCGGCGACUCCAUCACAGACGCAGCGGGCACGCGACCGCAAGCGAGGACAGCGGGGAGAUCACUCUCUCACGACUGGAGGACCAAGGUCUGCCAUGCUCCGAUUUCGGGCAACCGGGGACGAGCGAGACAACCCGGGCGUCUUCACCCUUCAACUCCACGGAUGCCUCGUCUAACGGUGCCAGCAGCGGAGAGGACACGGACUCUGGCGGCAAAGACACCAGGGAUGCCUCAAUGGCGAAAGGUUGCAUACCCGAGGUCGUCAGGAGCACCAGCAAAUGUCCUUUCUCCAUCGAGAAACUUCUGGAGGUGCCGAGAGUUCCGCGCGGCAGGAGACCCAACUCCAAGUACCCGCGCGUGCAGGCGUGCAAGUCCCUCGGGCCGCUGGCCUUGGGUAUGCUCCCGCUUUUCCAGAUCACGCAGCCCGUAGGCUUCCUGGUCGAGCAGCUGCAGUCGGAGGAUGCACGUGCAUCUCCUCCUCGGUCUCACAGAGAGUCAGGAGAAAAGUUCCUGCACAGGCUCACGUCCACCAGCCAAGCGGAGCCGGCGCGGCGGGCGGUGUCCGAGCACUUGCCGCGCACGGUGAGCAGCGGGAAGCUGGAGCGGCAGGCUGAACAGUUGUGGAGGCGCGUGCACCGAGAGACCAGCGGAUGCCGCGCGGACCCCGCCGAACAGGAGUCAAUGAACGAGAAAAAACCGCCCCGCGACGCCGAGGACGACAUCGACGUAGUCAGCGAAGAGCAGGAAGGAGGCAAGGGGGAUAAAUCGAAUUUCAGCGAGGGAGGAAACUCGCUGACAGAAGCAGAUGAGGAAAGGGGGAAUGAAUGCAGCAUGGAUGCCGUGGAUCAAACCGUCGAACACAAUGUUGUUGGUGAUGCAUCCGAAGACUUGAUAGAACACACAGACUAAACGAUUGACUGCUGGGAGGUCUUGCCUUCCGCCCAAGGUUUUUUCGACGAUGGUGUGAUGCGACAUCUGAACCUACGACACUGUGGGUCAAAGUAACCGUCUGUGAUGUCCUCGUGUGAUAACUGUUUUUAAUUAAAACAAAACUGAGAAUAUGCAUAGUAAAGAAUAUGCAACUUUAUUCUAUAGCUAGCAGAACUCUGUGAGGUCAGAGAUAUUCCAGAAUCUGUCAAUGCAAGUGCUAGGGGAGGAAAUACCAAACUUCCUAUUUGUCUUUUGGUGUAAAAUACGCUGAAAAAAGAAAUAUGACUAUAGACACUGAUUUGUAGAAAGAUUCUGUCUUGAGCGGUUUUUAGCGGGUCCUGCGUGGAAGGGAUGAGGAGGGAAAAGAUGUUUUACUCGGAGCCAGCUACCGAGGGUGUAUCGUCAAAGCAGCCAGCGAGUGUCACGUGCAGAGAAGCAUGGAACGACCAGUCCACCUUUCCGGCUGCAAGCACGACAUCAAGUAUAUACAGCAAUGAUUUAUUGCUGUUAAAAAAUUAUUUUUGGACCGACACCUAUUUACAGAAAUUGUUUUUCUUAAGUAUGCCCCGGGAACGGGCUGAGAACAAGACUGUCUAGCACAAAAAGACAAACUAUUUUGAUUGAAAAUAAAGUUGAAUGCAACUGCCACAUAGCUCACAUGGAAACAUCUGUUCUGUAAGUUGAACAUUGCAUCAGACUCCACAAGAAGACUUUGAUAACUUCAAUAUUGUGGCUUUGACGAGAAAACCAGACAUAACAAUCACACUUUAUGGGUAAACCAGACAUAACAAUCAAAUUUUAUGGGGAAACUAUACGAGUCAUUCUGAGUUUUUUAUUUUAUUUAUUUUUUUUUUUUACAAAAUCUUCUUUCAGCUUUCCUCUUCAUCUUCUGUUGAAAUCGACUUGUCCUUUCACUGCUCCAGAGGAUGACUACGUGAGUGUCGGCGUGUACUCUGUCGCAUGCUAAAGAGCCCCUUGAGAAUGUUUGCCCUGAAAGGUUUUCAUAAGAACACACCACGUGGUUUUUAUGUAUGACACAAUGGGACUAAAGUGCUGAUGCCUUUCGCCCAGGGCUGUGGCUUUAUCACAGCGUGAAUCAAUUUGAUUAUUUGUGAUAUUGUGGACAUAUAUUUUUUGUUUGUUUUCUUGUCAUUAUUAUACCUUGCACAGAGAGGCAUCAAUAAUAUUUUUAUUUCCUUUACCUGAUAGGUAGUGGAAAGAGAGAGGGGGGAAUUUCAUUCUUUCAUUCAUCCCUAGUAACCUCACGUGACACAGCGGGGUUAUCCUUUUUUCACGUGAAAUGGUGAAGUUGUCAACAUGGCUUAUACAGAAAUGUGCAGGAAUCAGAAUAAAGAUUCAUUUUGCUUGGAAAAAAAA